AUGGCGAAAGAAGUUGAAAACAUGUCUCUUAAUUCACCAUUGAUUCAAAUUUCUAAAGAAAACGGAUUAAGCUACGAUAGAGAGAGAAGCAGUGAAAAGAUUAGUCAGAGAAAUGAGUACUUUGUAGAGAUGAAGAAACAGCUAUGGUUAGCAGGGCCUCUGAUCACUGUAAACCUAUUGUUGUACCUUUUACAAGUGAUAUCUCUGAUGUUUGUUGGUCAUCUUGGAGAGUUAGCUCUUUCUGGUGCUGCGAUGGCCACGUCCUUUGCAUCUGUUUCUGGUUUCAGCAUAUUGUAUGGAAUGUCAAGUGCAUUGGAUACCCUAUGUGGCCAAUCAAAUGGAGCAAAGAAGCAUCAUAUGUUGGGCAUACACAUGCAAGGAGCCGUGUUUGUUGUUCUCCUUGUAAGCAUACCCCUUGCUAUCAUCUUGGUAAACACAGGGACCAUUCUAAUCAAAUUAGGCCAAGAUCCUGAGAUAUCAGAAGCAGCUGCAAUAUAUGCUUCUUGCAUGAUCCCGGUUCUCUUUGCAUAUGGUAUUCUUCAGUGUCUUGUCAGAUUCUUACAAACUCAGAACAUUGUGUUUCCAAUGAUGCUAUGCUCUGGAAUUACAACUAUACUUCAUUUCCUUGUGUGUUGGAUUUUGGUAUUCAAAUCCGGCCUUGGAUAUAGAGGAGCUGCCUUCGCGAUUUCAAUCUCUUAUUGGAUUAAUACAGUAUUGUUAGCAUUAUAUAUCAAAUUCUCUUCUUCCUGCACAAAAACAUGGACAGGAUUUUCAAAGGAUGCUUUGCACAAUAUGCCCACAUUUGUUAAACUUGCUAUUCCUUCGGCUAUUAUGGUCUGCAUGGCAACGUGGUCGUUUGAAAUGGUUGUUCUCUUAUCUGGUUUUCUUCCUAAUCCAAAGUUAGAAACUUCUGUACUUUCUAUCAGCCUUAAUACUAUUGCAAUUGUUUGGAUGAUUCCCUACGGGUUCAGCGGUGUUGUGAGUACUCGGGUGUCAAACGAAUUAGGAGCUGGAAAUGCAGAAGGUGCAUGUCUAGCAGUACGUGUUGUCUUUGUCAUUGCCACUAUUGAAGGCAUUGUUGUGGGAUUGGUCAUGAUAUUAAUACGAAACAUUUGGGGCUAUGCCUAUAGUAAUGAAGUGGAAGUGGUCAGACAUGUAGCAAACAUAAUGCCGAUACUUGCAACAUCCAACUUCUUAGAUGGACUCCAAGGUGUUCUUUCAGGCACUGCAAGAGGAUGUGGUUGGCAAAAUAUUGGUGCGUGUGUAAAUUUUGGAUCAUAUUAUUUAGUGGGAAUCCCAUCUGCUAUUCUAUUAGCUUUUAUCUUCAAAUUGGGUGGAAAGGGGCUCUGGUUCGGAAUCAUAUGUGCACUUAUUGUCCAAUUGUCAUCUCUUUUAAUCAUUACCAUGCGCACUAAUUGGAAGCAUGAAGCAAAGAAGGCUACAGAGAGAGUUCAUGGCUCAGCAAUUCAUCCAGAAGCAGUUUUAAGUUGA